AUGUGCAGCUCCCCAGUGCAGAGUUUCAGCAGGAGUACCCAGCUGAGACUGAAUGGGAGCAGCCCCUGCGCUGGGAGAGUGGAGGUUCUCUACAACAGGCACUGGGGGAGAGUGUGCAGCCACUCCUGGGAUCUGCCUGAUGCUGAGGUAGUCUGUAAACAGCUGGGGUGUGGGGCUGCUGUUUCUGCACCCCAUUCUAAACGCCCAGGCGGCCUCCCUGAAGACAGAGUGCUGAAUAGGGUGGGCUGCCUGGGGAACGAGACCCAGCUGAGGGAGUGCAAGUCCGGUCCGUGGGGAAGAAAGGACUGUCAGCAUGAGUGGGAUGCUGCUGUGAUUUGUGCAGAAUCUCAGGAAGGAAAAGAAGCACUGGAAAGAGGAGGAACAAAGGAAAUACAGUUGGGGAUUCCAUACAGCUGUGCUAGCCGAGUGCAACUCUAUUACAGAGGCCAAUGGGGGGCAAUUUGCUGGAAUGACUUUGGAAUUAAGGAAGCUCAAGUGGUCUGCAGACAAGCUGGGUGUGGAGAAGCAGAAACAUAUUCUAGGUUUUAUGUUGAAAUUAAUGAUGCUCCCAUUUGGCUGGACAGAGUUCACUGCGCUGGGAACGAGACAAAUCUCUGGGACUGUCCUUCAGACACUUGGGGUCACCAUGAGUGUGAUCUCAGAAUGCAAGCAGCUGUUAUAUGCAAAGGUGCUAUUAAUUUGUCAUUGGCUGAUGGAGGAAGCCCAUGUGCUGGACGACUGGAAAGUUAUACUAUAGGAAAGGAAAAGUAA